AUGUCAGGCGUCAAGUCGCGUUUGUCGGGCCUCCUGGGCCACUUCUCCUCGGGCCCUGUCCCCUUUGAGCAUCGCUACAAUCACCAUACCCUAUCACCAACCUUCUUCCUCCCUCGCGCGGCGGAAAUUGAACCCAAUGCCGAGGCAAUCUACCAUGUGACAGCCAACAACAAGGUGCUGCGUCGGACAUACCAGGAGACCGCCGACCGUGCUAGGGGUCUGGCGUACUACCUCAAGAAGCGUAGCUUCAAGAGAGUAGGAAUCCUAUGCCCCAAUACCCCGGCAUUCCUGGAAUCGAUAUUUGGCAUUGCGGCGGCGGGUUCGGUAAAUGUUGCGGUCAACUAUCGCCUCAAGCCCGAAGAUAUCGCUUACAUCUUCGACCACGGAGAUGCCGACCUAAUCAUCGUGGACGAAGAAUUUGUCCCUCUACUCGAAACAUAUCGAUCGGCGCAUCCCAAAGUGCCUAUUCUUGUGGAUACCGACACCGAUGCAACGGAGGGAGAAUUGAAAGGCCCUUUUGAUGACGCGGUUCUCGAGGGACUGCGGUAUGACUCUGAGACCGGGGCAAAAGGCUGGAGCGCCCUGGAAAGCCAGGCGGCUGACGAGGAUUCCACGAUUGCGCUGGCAUACACCAGUGGCACUACGGCCCGGCCCAAGGGUGUUGAAUAUACCCAUCGUGGAUGCUACUUGGCCGCCCUAGCUAACGUCGUCGAGUCUGGCCUGAACUAUCACCGUGGGCGAGCCCAUUAUCUAUGGACUCUCCCUAUGUUCCAUGCCAUGGGAUGGACAUUCCCCUGGUCGGUAACCGCAGUGCGCGGCACGCAUUACUGUCUCCGGAAGAUUGACUAUCCGGAGAUCUGGAGACUCCUGAAAGAGGAGCAUAUCACCCAUUUCAAUGCAGCUCCCACAGUCAAUACGCUGCUCUGCAAUGCCAAAGAAGCGGAGCGACUGCCCGAUCCCGUGCGUGUCACGGUGGCUGCUAGUCCACCCACGGCGCAUCUGUUUGAGCAGAUGACAGACCUCAACCUGCACCCGGUGCAUGUCUACGGCAUGACUGAAACCUACGGCCCUAUCACCAAGGGAUACUACCUGCCGGAAUGGGAUCAGAUCUCGCUCAAGGAGAAGUAUCAAAAGAUGGCGCGGCAGGGUCAUGGCUUCAUCACUAGUCUUCCCUGCCGAGUGAUCAAGGCCGAUGUCCCCGAAGGAACCAUCACAGAGGUUCGCAAGGAUGGCCAGGAGAUUGGCGAGAUUGUUUUCUUGGGCAAUAUCUGUGCUCGGGGAUACUACAAAGACCCGGAGGCGACUCGCAAGUUGUUCGCGGGCGGAGUCCUACACUCGGGCGACCUGGCCAUCUGGCAUGCCGACGGCGCAAUCCAGAUCCUCGAUCGAGCCAAGGAUAUCAUCAUCAGCGGUGGCGAGAAUAUCUCGUCGGUCGCCCUCGAGUCCAUGCUGGUCACGCACCCCGAUAUUCUGGAAGCAGGUGUCGUCGCUGUCCCCGACUCCCACUGGGGCGAGCGGCCCAAGGCCUUUGUGACGGUCAAGCCGGGCAAGCAGUUGCAGGGCCCGGAGGUGAUUGAGUGGGCGCGGAACAACAGUGGCAUCAGCAAGUUCAUGAUCCCGCGCGAAGUGGAUGUGGUGGCGGAGUUGCCCAAGACGAGCACGGGCAAGAUCCGCAAGAAUAUUCUGCGCGAGUGGGUGAAGAAGUAG